CAGUGAAGAUGGCGGUGUGUUGGACUCACUUACCUGCAUAUUUGUAAGAACUUGUUUAUAUCUGUACACAUUUACCACAUCGGCUUCGCUUGACUUCAGUCUCUGCAGAGACAUCUACCAGAGUGACCUGACCCUCAGACUUGUCUGCACUGCAGCGAUGCAGCCCCCUCCACGGACUGGACCUCCAGGAGCCACUGGCCCGCCUCCCUCUGGGUCCAAUAUGUUCCGCAGGACAAGGCCUUACAAGCAUACAGCAGCUACUGCCACAAUGCCACCUGCUGCCCAGCCCAUGACAGACCCUUUUGCUUUUGUUAGGGGUCCUCCUCCAAUGGCUGCAGGUGGUUUCCAAACAUUACCAAGCAGCAACCCUCCACCAAUGCAAGCGUCACCAAACAACAUGUAUUCUCAAGCUAGUGGAGGGCUGCCUCCUCAACCACAGUCAUUUGAGAACAUCCCAGCUGUUGCUUCUGGAUCCUCACCAUCCUUAGUUCCUGGGGUGACCCUAUUCAACCCUCACAGUACAGUAUCUCCUGUUUUCCCAGUUCCUAGUUCUGCUGGAUAUGCGUCUUGCAACACCGAACAAGGCUACUUUUCUAAUUCAAGAGAACAGACACCAUCUUUGGCCACACAGCCAGUACCUGUGUCUUCAGCCCCCAGACAGAUGCACUUUAAUCAAGACUUUCAAGGACAGCCAGCUCUUCAGCCUGGGCCCUUCCAAGCAGUCCCCCCCACCACCUCUUCAUCUCAGUGUGCCCCUGAUCAUGGAAGUCGCCCUCCAUCAGUUCAGAAUUACUUCCAGCCUACCAGUGACCCUCCACCACAACCUUUUCAUGUACCUCCACAGUCCCAGCUGUACCCAUCCCAUGCCCCGUCGCCCCAUCACAGCACACCAACCCCUCCAACACAACUUGGGGAUCCGCAGAUGCACAUGCCUCUUCCUCCCCAGAACCCUGCAAAUGUCCCUAGUACUCAGUGGUCUGACCCAAAUGUUCCCCAGCAGCAUAUUUCUCACUGUCAAACUCAAAGCUAUUUCACUCAGAGCUCUGCUACCCAUGACUUUCGGCACAACCAACCUACACAUGACUCAGGCUACCACCAAAUAGGGACUGGCCCAGGCCAAUCUCAGCUUAAGCUUGACUCUGGCGGUUCACAACAUGCGUCCAACUUUGGGGCUGGGCCCAGUUCUGCCCUCCCCCCAGUACCAUACUCUGAGGAGUCUGGUACACUCUCAAUGUUCUUUAAAGACAAUGAUGUGGAAAAUGAGGAGACGUUGGCUGGAGACAGAAACAAGGCAAAUGUGAAUGGUAUUCCUGAAUCCUAUCCGCAUCACAACCCACAAACCCACAGUGUCCACACAGAUGCCCCUUUGGAUUAUCAAGGAGCACCUUUUCCGGAACAUUCUCAUGUACCAUACAUGAAUGAUGGCAAUCAUGCAGCACAGUUAAAUACCCAGAAAGCCCCUGAUGCUCAGUAUGAUCAUGUGGAGAAUCUAGAGUGUGCCCCAAAUCAGGAAGUAUUGCCUAGUGAAAUCCAUGGUAGUCCUGCUGCUACUGCAGUACAUGAAGUAGACCAAUUUGAAACUGGGCCUAACUUGGAGGCUCCAGAUUCUGUUCCGAGACCAAUGAGAUCUGCCAGCGUGUCAUCCAACUAUAGCAAUAUGAGCCAUGGAAGUGGAACUGGGGCUCGCCGGCACCAGGGUGUAGUAGGUACGUUUAUUCAGCAGGAAAGCCCUCGUCUCAUGGAUGAUCCUAACCUAUCUGCUGCCACUGGAGGUUACUUUGAGCAGAUUGACACUUCUCCAGCUGGAGAUCUGGGUGCAAGACAGAGUUCCCUGGAACAGAUGUGGCAUCCCACACCUAGCCCCCCCAAACCAACCGGUGUCUUUCAGGCAAGUGCAAACAGCUCUUUUGAACCUGUGCGCUCACAUGGGGUUGGGGUACGUCCUGCUGAAGUUGAUAUGGCUAAAAUUGUAGCAGAAGGGGGUGCAGAUUCCACACCAGGCAACCUGGAGCAGCCACCAGACAAUAUGGAAAAUGUUUUUGGCUCAGGACACCCCUUGUCACCCCCUAUGUCUGGAGGUAGUGUACCUCACCCAAUACACCCAGUGGUUUUUUCCCACUCUCGACCUUCAUCACGUGUUUUUGGCGCAAGUCGGCCUUGUGAGAGCCCUGCCACUACUCUGUGGGCUCAGAGCGAUCCCACUAGCUUGGGUCCCAAUAUUCUCUUAGCCCCUGCUCUCCCAACAGUUCUUGCCCCUUUACGAGAGCCCAGUGAUGAUGUUAUCCAACCUCCGGAGGAUGGUCCCCUGGACCUCCAUUCCUCCCAGAGAGUCCAGCCAGCUUUACAGCAACAUUCAGAGAAUCUAGAGAACCCUCCACAGGUGAGUGACAUAGAGUCAGCUGACUCUCAAGGCAACAUGGGAUAUGCAUCUCUCCUGGUGUCUGAUUCACUUCAACAAUCUGUGUUGAUUGCCCCACCUGUGUCAAAUUAUAGUGUGAUUUCCCCCAGUACCCCUUCUAAAGCAGCCAGUCAUCAUAGCCUUACUACCCCACCUGUGAAAUCACUCGCACAGGCACAGGGACAGGGCACCAGCUCCUCCCAAUCACCACCAAUAGCCUCUAAUCCAAACCCUCUUUUUGCCCCUGGACCAAUAAACUUCAAUUCUUCAGCCUCUAACCAAGGUCCUCUCAAUCUGACACGAGACAACACAGAAGUGACAACUGCUGAAAUCACAGCUCGGUCACAGCCUCAGCCGGUUUCUCUCGUUUCUGCUACUGUCUCUAAUCAUAAUCACAAUCAGAAAUCAAAUUAUGAACUGCUUGAUUUUUCUAUGCACCAGUCACAAAACCAAGCUUCUGGCCAUCCUUCCUCUCUACACGAGUCUCCACAGUCUAGUAACGGAUUUUACCUACAGGUUACCAAAGAUGCUCAGCAAGGGGUAAGAAUGGAAGGGAAUGCCCCUAUCCAGACCCCAGAUUCUUCAUCUACCCCACAAGUACCACUGGCACCCCCCCAAGCAGCUUCAAACACAGAGCCGUCACCAACAGAAACUCGUAAGACAUCAGAACCUCAGAAUGUACAGCAGGGACAGGGUGAUGGUCCUCAUGUUCCUGCGAGUGAAGCACAGCCUUCACGUGGUCAGCAUCCAGCUCCAGCACAGGUGUCGGCUGCAGGGGAAGGUCCUCCUCCUGCUGCAUAUCUUCCAGGGCCUCGUCGUCAGGUACCUCAAGAUGCUCCACAGACAGCUCCCACAGAUCUACCACGACCACAGUCCUCUUUAGGUAGCCAGCAAGGUUCUGUCCCCCCUCAUCCACUGCCAGGACAGAUGUAUGGUGGCUACUAUGGUCAUUAUGGAGAAUACCCAGAAAACAGAGCAGCAUACCCCCCUGGCCAGUACCAACAGCCUCCUGGAGAUCCGAGAGCACAGCAGUAUUAUCAAGAUGGAGUAUACAGGAGCAGAGCAGAUCCUUGGUAUGGCAGGUAUGAUGGGCAGACCGCAGCUUAUCGUGAUCCAAAUUACCAGUACAGAGAGCCUCAGCCUGAGCGACCCAGCUCCAGGACUAGUCAGUAUUCUGACAGGCCCUCAUCCAGACAAGGCUAUGCUGAAGAUUACCACAGAGCAAACCAAAGUGCCUAUAGUGAAUAUUAUGCAGAAUACCCCAAGAACUAUGAUUACAGAGGAUACAAUUAUGGACAGUAUGACCCUCGAUACAGAGGAUACUAUGAUCAGGCAUACUGGGCAAAUUAUGAAGGCAGAGACAACUACUAUAAUCAGCAAAUGUAUCCUGCCAGGAAAGAUUACUAUGAUGACCAAUGGCGGUACUAUCCGGGUUAUGAUCAAAGUUUUGAUGACGAUUACCAACGACGUAAAGAAAUGUCUGGUGAUGACUUUGACCGACGCAGUGUCCAUAGUGAGCAGUCAGCACAUAGUGUGCAAAGCUCUCACAGCCACCACAGCAGAAGAAGCAGUUUUAGCUCACGGUCACAACAGAGCCAGGUAUACAUGAGCCAGCCUGACUUGGUGUCAGCUGUCUAUGAUACCACAUCCUCCACUCUGGCUGUGGACUACUCCUGUGGACAAUACCCAAACCCAGCUGAUGCUUCCCAGAACUACAGCCAGUACGUGCAUCCCUCUGAGUACACGACAGACAGCACCUGGGUCACCCCUGAGCAGCCACCCCCUCGUCCCGCAACACCUGAAAAGUUUACCAUACCCCACCGCUGUGCCCGAUUUGGACCUGGUGGUCAACUAGUCCAAGUUCUCCCCAAUCUUCCUUCAGAUGGACAGCCAGCUCUUGUUGAUAUCUACAACAUGGAGACUAUGCUGCAGGAUACCCAAGAUCAGACAGAACUACGAGCCUUUCCUGGACCUCUUCUGAAGGAAGAUACCCAUAAGGUGGAUGUAAUAAAGUUCUCCCAGAACAAAGCCCUGGAAUGUUCUCGUGACAAUAACCUCUUGGACAGGGACUCUGCACGUCUGCUUUGGGACUUCAUUGUGUUGCUGUGUAGACAGAAUGGGACUGUAGUAGGCACGGACAUCUCUGACCUCCUGCUUAAAGAGCAUCGCUCUGCAUGGCUACCGGGCAAGAGUCCAAAUGAAGCUAACUUGAUUGAUUUCAACAAUGAACCGUUGGCGCGAGCUGAGGAAGAGCCGGGAGCCGGACCACUCUCCCUCCUGUCUGACACAUUCAUGACUGUCCCAGAGAACAUGGGGAAGGAAACGGAACGUUUCAGGGAGCUGCUUCUGUUUGGCCGCAAGAAGGAUGCACUUGAGGCAGCCAUGAAAGGAGGUCUCUGGGGCCACGCCCUGCUGUUGGCCAGUAAGAUGGACAACAGGACACAUGCACGUGUCAUGACAAGGUUUGCCAACAGUUUGCCAAUCAAUGAUCCUCUCCAGACUGUGUACCAACUGAUGUCUGGGAGGAUGCCAGCAUCAGCCACUUGCUGUGGUGAAGAAAAGUGGGGUGACUGGCGCCCCCAUCUGGCCAUGGUGCUGUCUAACCUUUCACACACCAUGGACCUGGAUGUUCGCACAAUCACCACCAUGGGUGACACAUUAGCUUCUAAGGGGUUGAUUGACGCGGCACACUUCUGCUACAUGAUGGCCCAAGUUGGUCUUGGAGUAUUCACAAAGAAGAGCACCAAGUUGGUUCUUAUUGGCUCCAAUCACAGUUUGCCCUUUUACCUGUUUGCCACCAAUGAAGCUAUUCAGAGGACUGAGGCCUAUGAGUAUGCUCAAUCUCUAGGCUCCCAUCCUUGCUCACUACCAAAUUUCCAGGUGUUCAAGUUGAUCUAUGCAUGCCGCUUGGCUGAAGCAGGCCUAAGUGCUCAGGCCUUCCACUACUGUGAAAUUAUAGCGAAGACGCUCCUCAUGCAGCCCUCCUACUACUCACCUGUCUUAAUUAGCCAAGUUAUACAGAUGUCUGAAAAGCUACGAUUUUUUGAUCCUCAACUGAGGGAGAAGCCCGAGCAGGAGCUGUUCAAUGAACCUGAAUGGUUGAUUCACCUAAGACAGUUGGAUGGACAGAUCAGGACUGGGGUAAUUACUUACAGUGCUGACAGAACAACACCUACUCAGUUUGAGUGCAGCAGCCCCUCUGAGUUGGAUGAAGCCAGUCCAUCUGAACCUUACAACAUGCCACAGGAGGUGGAUGGCCACAUUCCUGAUAACCCACUAAUGAGCUCUUUACUGCCCGGGCCUCCACCACAGGCUGUACAGCUUAUACCCCCAGCACCCACCUCCAUCCUUCAAGAGGGAAUGGCUCAUCAUCAGCCUCUACCCCCUGGUGAUGCCCCCCAGUUCUUCCCAGUACCUCCCAGUGGACCACCAGGUCAGAUCUCCAUCUCAGGCUACCCUCCACAGGAUUCUGGUUUUUCUGCUCCUCCCUUCCAACCUCAGCCUGAGCAGCCAGAAAUGUAUCCAGGAGCCCAUCAGCAGCCGUGUCUCCCACCUCCUCAAGUGGGCCAAAUAUCACCGCACAUGCCUGCUCAAGUGCCGCAUUCACCUGUGCAGAUGAAUCCCCCACCACUCCAGAUGCCUCAGCACAUGCCUCCCUCUCCUGGACAUAUGCCACCUGUAGAGCAGCCGCACCUGCCACACCUGCCACACCUGCCACAUCAGCCACACCAGCCACACCAGCCACACCACCCCCCUCCAGAGAUGCAGACUGCUCAGCCAGUACCAGCUUCCCCACACAGAAACUCCUUCACACCUCAGAUGGACUUCUAUGACCACAUGGCUCACAUGGGUCCUGUCAGAUCAAGGACUACUUCACAGUCUUCAAUGCAUAUGGGUCCAGGACGGCGCUCACGCACGACCUCUGAGUCGUCCACUCACUCUAUUGGAAGAGAGCGCAGCAACUCAUCUGUCCAUCAGGUCUCUCCGCCUCCACCUUCAAUUCCUGAACAACCCCAAAAAGAAGGCAAGCGACUGAAGAAAGACUCCCCGAAGAAGGGCGGUCAUGGCUGGCUGAAUUGGUUACCUUGGAAGGGCAAGAAUCAGGCUCACUUGCCAGAUGACAAAAAUAAAUCUAUUGUAUGGGAUGAACAGAAGAAUAGAUGGGUAAACUUGAAUGAGCCUGAAGAGGAGAGUAAGCCCCCUCCACCACCUCCUAUUGGCUUCCCCAAGAUGGCUCCAAUGCCCACUCCUGGAGGGGCAGCUGGACCCCCAGGCAGUGGUCCCCCUGUCAACAUGUUCUCCAGGAAGGCAGGCACUAAGAGCAAAUAUGUGGAUGUUUUGAACCCGAGUAGAACAUCUAAACCUGGUGGAUUGGCGCCUGCUCCAGCAGACAUCUUUGCUCCUCUGGCACCAAUGCCCAUGCCUACUAACCUAUUUGUGCCUAGUUCAGCUCCUGAUGAUCAGCAGCCUCUGGAGGGUAUUGAAGGAGGACAUCAGGAGCAGAAUACGCCAAACACCAGCACUGCUCCACAGAUGUUCAAUCCAACAUUAUUACCACCUGCCCCAGAGGGUCCUUCUGUGCCUGACGGCUCACAAUCCGGGGAGCUCUCACGCUCUAGCUCAAUGAGUUCUUUAUCACGCGAAGUGAGUCAGCAUUUAAACCAGAGUCAUCCUGCCCAGGGUGCCGCACCCACGGGAGGCGUCAUCUUUUAUAACCCUGCACAGUUUGCACAGACAAGUGCACCACUGGGAGGUGGACUCCGCUCUGGUCGUUUGGGCGGUCAGCGCCAGUACCCGGUGAUGAAGUAAUAUUUUCCUGCAGAGAGGUGGCGUGAACAGACUUGUUGGAUAGAGUGAUACCAUUACCUGGAAUUAAAUGAAGCACAUGGACGUCCUGCUCUCUGUCUUAUGAACCUUUCUUUUUGCCUGCACCCUGUGAAGAGCAUUAAGUGUAUCCAUCUCGUCGAAACAGAUUAACCACUCUGUCUUCUUUUUAAUUCAGUAACUGCAUCAUGGCGUCUCCUCGAAGGGCUUAAUCCUGAUUCAAUAGAAAUCAAAAAAGUUGUAUAAUGGGUUUAAACACACGUAAAGGGGCAUCAUGGAUGUAUUUAAACAAACACAUUGUCUAUGUAGGCAUAAUUUAAUGUACAUUGAAUAUGUUUAUCCUAUAAUCUGUCCAGCUUCUACUUUACACUGUUAACAGAAUAAUGAUCCCAAAUCCUGUUUUAGGUUUGUCUUUGUGUCUUAAGUCCAAAUGUCCAUGUUUGUUUAAUUUGUGUGAUGGGUAGAGAGAAAGUGGCACCUUUUUAAUUUCAUGUUGUUAUCUGGGACUUAGUGUGCAUUUACAGCUCUUCAGUGUCCCCCUGUUUACUGGAGAUAGCAAUGUUGUGUGAGAAUGAAUUGUGUUAAUAGUGCAUUGUCUGCUGUGUCGUUUGCUUUUUUGUCCCUCAUUCGCUCUCCAGUAGGCGAAGGAUGUCGGAACUGGCUCAAACUGGCUUCACAGUGUGAGAGUUGGAGGAAGUGCAGUGUUAGGACGCUGCUCGUUUCAGAUAUUUAUUUACAGGUCCUCCUGCGCAACAGCAACUCUUUACUGUAAUGCUAUGUCAGGGAGUCCGAUGUCUCCCCUCUUUAAAUUUGACAAUAACAGAGGGGUGGUCCUCAGAUCGUGAGGGAUCUGGAUAAAAAACUGCAUUCUAAAUAAAUCUAUCCAAAUAUUUGUAUAUCAGAUUGAUAGUAUUUAUGAGCUGAAGACAAACAGGUGUGCAUGUGUGUGUGAGUGAGAGAGAGAGAGAUCUAAUUUUUUCCUGGAUAGCUUUGACAAAAUGCUUUUGUGAUUGAUCAGAUGACAAGGAAUCAUAUUCUGAUCAUUUGUAUGGGCUGCUUCUGCAGACAAUAAAUCUUUAUCUAAAUUGUAAUUAGAGGGCCAAUUGCACGCUAAAGAUUUGGUCGUUUUAAAUUCCUGACAUGUUUUUAUUUUCAGUUCAGUCAUUCAUUACUGUCGAGCUUUCUGAUUAAGUGGUUUGAUGUUUUUCUUGUAGACAUGAAUUUGAGAUUUUAAAAUGUCCCUGAACCAUCUCCUAAAAUGUUGGCGUUCCUCUUGUAAAAGAGAAACCCGUAGUUAGAAAAAGGCAAAAACAAAACCGUAAUAAAUCUUUGGGGUUUUUUUGCGCUUUGUAGCACCAUGAGAGAGAUGUGUGAAUUUUGAUAUUUUUGAUUUCUAAAGUAAAAAUGACUCAAUAAAUUUCAUGUUGGAAUUUGA